CUAUCAUUUCCGGAUUUCACUUUUAAGCUGACGGUGCGACGCUUCAGCCUCACCAUCAACUUGCCGCCCCAGGUCUCGGCGUAAAUCAUCACUUGUUUGAGAAACUUACGAAGCCACAACGUGUUGACAGCAGCGGCACAUUGAACCCACUUGGGUUAUUAUACGUCAUGUUGCGAUAUUGGAACCCCGUGGAUCUGCGACUGGCGAUGAGAGACAAAAUUUAUAUAACGAACAACAUGUCGCCCUCCAAAGUUCCAGGACCAGCACACAUCCAGUAUAACAAAGCUUACAGUACUCCUUUGCUGUAAAGCCUUGGAAGAUUCAACAUGCGUUUUCCACUUUAUAACCUACUUCUCAUCCCGACAUGUUCGAGAUCAGUACUGGCAGACUUGCUAGUACCUAGCUACGAACCCCCCGUGGACAUAGCCAGCAACAAAAGCCUUGUCGCUGUAGCAUGGAGGAAUGCUACGGCAACCCUCCAUAAAUACCUCAGUGAUGGCAACGAAGACGGAGUCCCGGUUGCCAUAGCUGCAAUGAAGAAUAUCACCUUCUCAGUCGGCAUGUUUUCGGUGAAUGACCCUGCUGCCAGCAAAAUGCAGUUCCACUACACCUCUCCUGAGAUUGCGAAUGCGCCAAACGGUACAAACAAGGUAGAUGGAGAUACCAUCUACCGCAUGGCCAGCGUUACAAAGGCCUUCACUGUCCUUGCAGGUUUGCUGGAACUGAACAGCACUCACUGGGAGCGUCCUAUCACCGACUUUGUUCCUACACUUGCCAAUUAUACUCAAAAUACACCCGGAGAAGAUGAUCCUACUCAUAUCACUGAAUGGGGUAAAGUCACUCUCAGUGCUCUUGCGGCUCAGAUUGCGGGGGUUCCUCGCGACCCAUUUCUAGUUGGAGAAAUUAUAGACCCUGCAAAAAUAACGGCCAUGGGCCUACCACCUCUAAAUCCAAACGACCCCCUGAGUCUCCCGCCAUGCGCACUUCCCGAGAAUUAUAAUAGCACCGACAGUGCCUGUAACGAAAUACCGUCCAUCGAGAGCAUCCAGAACCGACCCCCGACGCUCCUUCCAUGGACAAGCCCGGCAUAUGCAAACACCGGCUUUGUGCUGCUCGGCGUCGCAAUCGCAAACAUCACCGGCAAACCCCUGGCAGAUGUGUACCGCGAGAGCAUCUUCGAGCCCCUCGGCAUGAAAUCAUCCAACGCCACGGUGCCACCCAAAUCCGAGUGGCACCACUCUGUCAUCCCCGACCUCACAGCCUUCGACAUCAAUGCCGGCAUCCUAACCUCGUCGGGUGGCCUCCUCUCUACCACCAACGAUAUGGCCAAGUUUGGCGUCGGCAUCCUCAACUCCACUCUUCUUCCCGAUGACGAGACGCGCAAGUGGCUUAAGCCCGUCUCGCACACCGCGCACUUCGAGUACUCAAUCGGCCGCCCGUGGGAGAUCUUGCGCUACACGCACGCAUCGGGUGUUAUCACGGAUAUUUACACCAAGCUGGGCGACUCGGGCGCAUACAGCGGUUUUAUCGUCCUCUUACCAGAUUACAAUGCGGGUUUCUCGAUUUUGUCAGGCAGUAUAUCAUCGCUGCGAUUCAGUGUCGUGGCGCAGAUCGCGGAAGUCAUCACUGACUCUAUCGUACCCGCUUUGGCUGCCCAGGCUGCUAAAGAAGCGGAGAAGAAGUUCGCAGGCGUGUACAAUUCAACCAUACCAGGGCUAGAGUCGUCACUUACCUUGUCGGUCAACCAUACUGUGGGCGCUGCGCCGGGUAUAGUGAUAUCGUCUUGGACCAGCAACGGCACCGACGUUCUUGCCGCGCUGCCAGCAAGACUUGGACCGGGCCCAUACCGGCUCGUACCAUCCAUUUCAGACUCGGAGUCGGGAACUGAGGCGUUCAGAUUAGUCGCAUCUCUUGAUGCGCCGAUCCCACCAAGCGCAGAGGCACCCAAGGGGUUGUUCACAUCGAUGAGCUAUCUCGCCGCGGACUGGAUUCUCCUCGAUAGUCCCACAUAUGGUGGCAUUGGGAUAUCGCUUUUUGUAUUCAAGAUUGGAUCGGAUGGGAAUGUUGAAGAGGUCAGACCAGAAGCGUUCAGGGUCAGCUUGAAACGAACGGAUUGGGGCUGGGGAUGUAAUUGAGAACAGGACUUGAGUAGUACUCCGCAUCAGUUAGAAUUUAGAAUGAUGGAUUAUUUAAUUAGACCGUAAUUUAUGCUUCAGAAACUCCAUUAUAUAAGCGUCUAUAUUCAAGAAAG